GGGCUGACAGCAUCGACACAGGAUGGAGAUUGCACCACUCUGCCUAAUGCUCUCCACGCUGAGCGUCACUCCCGACAGAUCUCAGUUCUUUCGGCAUGAAAAAAUCUCUCUGAGGUGUGAGGCAAACUCCACCGGCUGGACAGUGAGGAGGAACACCUCCUCUCAGACAUCUCAGGCUUGUAAGCAUGGAUGGGGAAUCGCAGCUGAGUCCUCUUGCACCAACCGAGAUGCCUACCCUUCAGACACUGGAGUGUACUGGUGUGAGUCUCAGCAGGGGAGGUGCAGCAACACCGUGAACAUUACAGUGAAUGCUGGUGUUGUGAUCCUGGAGAGCCCCACACGUCCUGUGAUGGAGGGAGAUAAUGUCACACUGCGCUGCUCCUACAAGGACAAAGUCACAUAUGAAGUGACAUCAAACUUCUCUGCUGCAUUCUUCCAAAACAAUGUUUUCAUUGGCACUGAGCCUGCAGGGAAGAUGAUCCUCUCACCAGUGACCAAACGUCACGAAGGAUUCUACAAGUGUGAACACCCAACAAAAGGAAAGUCACCGCAGAGCUGGCUGGCUGUCACAGUGACACCUCAGACUCCAGAAGCCCCUCCUCCUCCUGUCAUUACUCUGUACAGGCUGAUCUGCUCCAUCCUGCUGUUCAUCCUGUUCACAGCCAUACUCAUAAUGUGUAUUUACAUAUACUGCAGGGUGGCUCGAGCUCGAGCUGAUGCUGAAAAGAGAGCGUUUGAUCAUCUCGAAAUGGAAUGAAGACGAAGAAGACGAAGAUGUGGCAUUGCUUAUAUGCUGACCCAUUUUUUUUGUGUAGCAGCUUACAUGCACCUGCAUGAUUUAUUUAAAGCAGGGGUUGGCGACCUAAAAAAAAGAAAAAAAAAAUCUGUCUGUUGCCGCAAAACUUAUUUGAGCCUUAUACUAAAGGUAACACAGCCUUUAAAGUAGAACUUAGCCUAUCAGCGGUGAUGGCCAAAUGAAGCCUCGGGAACCACUUUCUUUAUUUUCUGACCCCGCCAGAUGGCACUCUUGGUUUAAAGAUAAAAGCUGAAGGACUGGCAAUGAAAUGUGCUUUCAAACCUUUGUUGAACAGACACCGCCAUCUAGUGGCUUCAGAGAAUAAAGACAGUGAUUCAUGAGGCUUCAUUUGGCCAUCACUACCUAUCAGCAUUACUCAUACAUCUAAAUAAGCAUUCACUAAUAUGUUUUAGCACAGGCUGGCUGCAUGCAGUGGGCUAUUUUUGAUUAUUUGGAACUUUAACUUUGCAGCAUUGCCGAUGAAAGCAAUCAAAUUCUCUAUUUUCCUUUGAGACUUUUCCCUCUUUGGAUCCGGAAUCCACGGCAAGCCAAGCUAGGAAGACUCAAGACUACUCUGGCCCUCGCCAGUGAUACUUUCAGAGGAAAAGGCACCAGGCCAGAUGUACAACGCACAGUUUAGUUGAUGAAAUGUUCAACAUUAUUUUUAGAUCAGUAUAAGCUACACAUUUUAAGAAGGUAAGAGUCACUUUAGGCCUCAUGUUCUUUGUUCUUUAAAAUGCAAAAAAUAAAGAACACGAGGUCUCGGACACCAUUUCAGAUGGCAAGACCCAGACGAAAAGCAUUCACAUGUCCAGUUUAGAUCUGGGCAAAUGACAAAUCAUCACAAAUAUAAAUACACAUACCACAGAUAUCAUGGGCAGAUUAUGAGACAAUGGGCCCCUGGGCACAUAUAUGUAAAAGGCCCCACCACCUCUGCCACAUAGAAGCAAGACAAACAGACUUUGUGCUGGUUUUGCCUCAUUUUCAUUGUUGUUUUUCAUCUCCUUGUGAUUGUCAUGCGACUGGUUUUGUGUCUCUCUGAGGUUGUUGCAUGUCUCUUUGUUUAUUUUGAUGUUUUUCCCAUUUCUGUAGUUAAUUUGUGUCUCUUUGCAGUUCCUUUGCAUCCAUUUGAGUCUCUUCCUGGUCAGUAUGUGUAAAUUUGAGUGACAUUUUACAGGUGAAAGCCAUGAAGCCCCUAACACUUUGGGUCCCUGGACCUGUGUCCAUUAGGCCCAUUCAGUAAUCUGUAAAUAACAAUUAUUGUCUGAUGAGGACCAGAAUAUAGCCAGGAAUCACCACAGCCUCCAGUGGCAUUCACCUACAGACAGAGGGCGCCAUUGAGCCACGAAACUCUGAGUUACAACUGAACCAACCUUGUUACAAGAAGACAAACUUUUCUGCAGAAGAAAAUUAUCAAUUCCUGUUGUCUGUUUCAGGACUCAGACAUUUAGGAAAGUCUUUCAGGUUUAAUCUCAUGUUUUGCUUUUGUUCCUUUUUUAGUAAAUUAAUGUGUGGAAACUUUGAUAAAUGUUGUGAAGCCGCACUGAAGGUGUUUCUGAUCAGUGUCAAAUCAGUUUUGAUGGUGAUGCUUUCUUUACUGAUCUCAGCUUUUUCUUGAGAAACAUUCACACAGAUUGUAAAAUGUAAAGAUGAUCAACAGCACAUUAUUGUCUCACGCCCCCUCGUGAGCAUUUUGGUCUAAAAUGCUUUCACCAACUAGACAGACUAUUGAAAUUAAUACAUCACUUUUAAACAUGCUUAUUUCCUAAAACAUGAAAACAAAUUUUGUAAUCGUACAUUUAAUGAAUAAAAGAAAAGACAGAA